AUGAGCCGAUCUCGGAACUCCGUAUGGCACCCAAGCCCAAGCCAUUGGAGAAGCAAGCCCAACACAGUUCUGGCUGGGUCUGAGAGAUCACCCAAGCGAAUCAACGUCCAGAGUUCAAACCGAUGGCUUGAAUUUGUCAGUAAAAUGAUACAAAGGGGACACCGGCCAGAUAAUAUCCAGAUUAGCGGAUUGCCUGCUGCCUCCUACCCACACUACACAAGAAGGAAACAAACUCUAGAGAUCUUCAGAGAGCAAACAAUGGCGGACUUCGCGCUUGGGUUGACCAAGACGGCGGUGGAGGGGACACUGAGCAGGGUCCAGUUGGCGAUCGAUGAAGAGAACAAGCUGAGGGUGACGGCGAAGCAAGAUCUGCGAUACAUCACAGCCGAAUUCCAAAUGAUGCAGUCCUUCCUUAAGGUCGUCAACAAAGAGCGCGCUAAUAAUGAAGUGGUGAAGACCUGGGUGAAGCAGCUCCGAGACCUUGCCUUCGAUGUCGAAGACUGCGUUGAGUUUGUUGUCCACCUGGACAACAACAACACGACCUUGAUCUGGUUGUGGCGCCUGGUGCCAUCCUGCAUGGCACCACCUCGGACUCGGGAGCUGGACAGGGCAGUCGCUGAGUUAAAGCAGCUGAAGGCGAGGGUCGAGGAGGUAAGCCAGAGAAACACACGCUACAACCUCAUCAGUGACUCCGGCUCCCAAGCCAAGACCACCACGCCAACCGAGCAGGCCGCCCUGGUCACCACCAACCCAUCAGCAUUCCACAUGCUAACUGAGGUCUGGGAGGCUGCUGGGAAGCGACGCGGCAUGAGUGACCUACAGGAGUUGAUCAUGGGUGAAGGCAGUGACCUUCAAACAAUCUCCGUAUGGGGAAGUUCAGCAGCUGAUCUUGGGACAACGUCCAUUUUUAGCAUGCUGUAUGGUGACCCAGGAAUCUGCCGAGCAUUCAAAAGACGAGCAUGGGUAAAGUUGACGCAUCCUUUUAAACCUGAUGAGUUCAUCAAGAGCUUGCUGACUCAGUUCUAUGUGAGCUCUCACCAAAAAAACAUUGCCGUGGACCGUCUCACGGAGGCUGAGCUCAUGCAGCAAGUGAAUGCACACAAGUAUCUCAUCAUUCUAGAAGAAGUAUUCAGUGUGGUGGACUGGGAUGCCAUCCGAGUGUGCCUGCCGGACAAUGAGAAUGGCAGCCGAAUCAUUGUGUUGACAAAGCAAUUAAGGACUGCACUUUUGUGCACAGGGGGGCCAUACAAAGUUUCAGAGCUCAGGAGAUUCUCCGAUGAUCAAUCUCUUUGUGCCUUUUCCAAGAAGGUAGGGCGUCAGAGUGGUAUGCGAGAUCUUAUUUGGCAAAUAAGGUGUCGUAGUGUGAUUUCGGUAUGGGGGCUUAGCAAUGACAAAUCAACACUCAUCAAUAAAGUGUACACUAGCAUAGUGUAUAAGUGUAGACAAUUCGAGGGGGUUGAAUUUCAACGACACAGCUGGGUCAAUGUACCCGCUCCUUUCAAUUUGGAGGUUUUCUCUCGGCGCUUACUUGUAAGUUUUCGUUCAGAAGAUCUCCAAGCUGAAGAAAUUGCGGUGGUUAGUAUGAUGGGAGAGUGUGUCUUAACUCAAGAGUGUUGCAAGUUUCUGCGUGAAGACGAUUGCCUCGUCGUUAUUAAUGGUUUGCAGUCCACACAUGACUGGGACUUGAUAAAAGCUGCCUUCUUGUCUGAGCCUAUUAAAGGAUGUAUUCUUAUCAUUACAAAUGAAUCAAGUGUUGCCACACAUUGUGUAGAGGAGGAAGAUGGAGUUCUCAACAUCAAAGAUUUGGAAGCUGACAUUAUGCUUCGCCCCUUGAUAAAGGGUUGGAGAACUGGAGGGAAGGAAGCUACUCACAGGGAUUUCCUUUUCUCCAUCAGAUUGGGAGAGACACGUGAAUGGUUCACAAAAUUUGGAAACAUGCAUGGGGAACAAAGGAAGGACCUUUGGUUCCAAUUAGACAAUCCUGGUGUGAUCUCGUUGUGGGGACCUGCUGGUGCUGGGAAAUCAACUCUCAUAAGAAUCGUGUACUAUUAUCUAAUGUUUAGAACUGAUGCUUAUCGGCAGUUGGAAUAUCAAGAGAGAAUGGUUCACCUGGAAGGGAAAAUUGCAAAGUUUAGUUGGGUUGAUGUGCCGCAUCCUUUCAAUUUGAAAGACUUCUCUUGGCGCUUGUUAUUGAAUUUUCAUUCAGGUGAUCUUCAGGCCCAAAAAAAUGCAGCAGUUGGUAUGAUGGAAGGCCAAGACCCAAUUAAGGAGUGCUCUAAGUUUUUGCAUGAAGACAAAUGUGUCAUCGUUAUUGAUGGUCUACGGUCCACUGAUGAUUGGGAUUUGAUAAAAGCUGCCUUAUUAUCUGAUCCAGUUACCAGCCAUAUUAUUGUCAUUACAAAUGUUGCAAGUGUCGCCAUGCAUUGUGUAGACGAGGGAGAUCGAGUGAUCAAGAUCAAUUGUCCAGAAGCUGACAUGGCCCUUGAUCCCCCAAUAAAGGGUUGUGCUUCCCGCGUAUUCUCCAACAGGAGUGCAGAGGCACUUAACUUUAUCAACACAUUUAGACUUCUUGGGUGUCAGGAUCGAUCAGCUGAUGAGCUUCUCCGCCGUUUAGAUUCCCCAGGCCCUAGUGUGACCUCAUUGUGGGGAAUUGCUGGUGUUGGGAAAUCAGCUGUGGCAAGAAGUCUGUACUGCCACGUGAUGCUUGGACUGGAGCAAAAUUUCAAGUGUAGCCUCGCUGGUCCCAUAACGGAAUUUACAAUGUGCAGCUGGGUAGACGUGCGUCAUCCAUUUAAUUUGACAGACUUGUCUUGGCAUUUGCUCCUGGAUUUUCAUUCAGAUGAUCUUCAAGCUAAGGAAAAGGCAGCAAUUGGUAUCUUGGAAGGGCAAGAUCCUGUUCAAGAGUGUCGCAGAAUUAUGUGUGAGUACAGAAGUCUUGUUGUUCUCGAUGGAUUACGUUCCAGAGAGGAUUGGGACUUGAUAAAAGCCACCUUCUUACCCGAUUCUACUAAUGCAUGUAUCAUCGUAAUUACAAAUGAAGCAAGUGUGGCUACACAUUGUGUAGAUAAUAAGGAAGAUCGAGCGGUCAAUGUCAAAGGUCUUGAAGCUGACAUGACGCUCGUUCUCUUCAAACAGAUAAUAAAGGAUGGGAUGGAAUUUACUCCUGACGAGAUGGAGCUCUCCAGAGUUACCUUAGGCAGAUGUGGUGGGAUUCCUAAAGUUAUUGCUACUAUAGGCCAACUCUUCACCAAAGAGAAUGCCAGGUACUGGUCUAUGUCAGCCACAGAUUUGUUGGAGUUUAUAAACGAUGACUUUAUGAGCAAGUUGGAGACCCAUGAUUGGUUUCACAGUUUAAGGGGUCUAUUUUCUUGGAUGCAGUCCUACUUUGACGGUUGCUCAGAUUCCCUCAAGCCAUGCAUUUUCUAUCUGUCAAUCUUCCCUCCAGACCACAAGAUAAGGCAGCGGCAUUUGUUGAGACGGUGGAUUGCAGAGGGUUAUUGCAGGGACACAUAUAGUGGUACUGCAGAGGAGAAUGGGAAGAUAUUGUUCUUGGAACUCAUCAGCUUGAGCAUAAUCCAACAAUGUCAGAAGGAACAGAAGUACCUAUACCAAGUCAAUGGUUUCUUUCAUGAAUACAUCAUUUCACGGCCAAUGGAGGACAAUCUUGUCUUCGCACUGGAAGGGAAUUGCAGCCCGAACUCGCAACAUGCAGGUCAACAUCUCACCAUAAGGGAGGACUGGGACAGGGACGAGGCAGUAUUUAGGAGCAUGGACUUCUCACAUCUGCGGUCCUUGACUGUGUUUGGGGAGUGGAUGCCAUUCUUCCUCUCUUCCAACAUGAGUCUACUUCGGGUGUUAGAUUUGGCAGACACAUCAGGUAUACUAGAUGCUGACCUUGAGCAGAUCGUGAAGGUGCUACCUCGUCUUAAGUUUCUCUCUCUGCGAGGAUGCAAAGAGAUAAGCCAUCUACCAGAAUCUAUCGGUGGCCUGAGGCAGCUGCAAACUUUGGAUGUCAGAGACACCUCAAUAGUCAAGCUACCAUUGUGUGUCAUCAAGCUACAGAAGUUGCAAUACAUUCGUGCUGGCACCAUCAUAUCAUCAGAUGAAGGUGAUGAAUCUGUUGCAAGUGUACCAACAACAAACGUAGAACAAACAUCAUUGCCACCGGAGGGCAGUGAUGACAUGGUCACAACACUACCGGAAACAACAGAGGAGGUUCAGAUAUCAACACCACCUGAAGGUAGUGAUGGCGUGGUCACAACUCUACCGGAAACUACAGAGGAGAUUCAGACAUCAACACUACCAGAAACGAGAAGAGAGGUUCAGACAUCAGCAUCACCUGAGGGCAGUGAUGACAUGGUCACAGCACUAACGGAAACACGGUUGUCAUGGAGCUGCCGGCCAUGUAGUUUGGUGUCUAGCUGGUUAUUCAAGUUGCGCAGACGCCGACUUGAUAAUGAUGGUGUUGAGGUUCCUGAAGGGAUUGGGAGCAUGACGGCCUUGCAUACUAUUGGUGUUGUCAAUGUCAAUAUUCCUAAUGGAAAGGCAAUCCUAAAGGAGCUUAAGAAGGUUACACAACUACGCAAGCUCAGUGUGUCUGGCAUAAACGGGCAAAACAUACAAGAAUUGUGUAAUUUCAUAUCCGGUCACAACCAUCUGGAGUCCUUGUCAGUGCGACUCGAUAAGCAUAAGGAUAAGGAUAAGGAGGGGUUAUUUGCUUGUUUCAGUGACAUGAUUUCCCAGCCACCCAAGACCCUAAAGAGCCUUAAGCUGUACGGGCAUGUAAACAAACUGCCAAUUUGGAUCAAACAGCUUGAUAAUCUCACGAAGUUCGAUCUUGAGUUGACUAUACUAUUGCCAGAGGACAUGCACUUCCUUGGUGAAUUGUCAGAUGCAUAUUUCAUACGCCGCCUUUGUGUCAAGCCAAUUCAAGACGGUGAACUCCAUUUUAGCACCCUGGGACAUGUUCUCUUUUGGACAUUACAGGUCCUAGAGAUCGAUUGCACCUCCAAGUUACUGGUAACUUUUGUAGAUCAUGUGAUUCGGACAACUGAGGUGCUGAAGAUUCACUGCUCUGGUGGGGCGUCCUUGCAGAUUUCUGGACUAGAGCAUCUAGCUAGUCUCAAAGAAGUGUGGCUGAAGGGUUCCUACAGCGACGAACUCGCGCAAGAGUUGCAACAGCAACUUUCCGAGCAUGCAAAAAAACCUGUCUUGAAGCUAGUGCAGCGACGCUCGUCCUGA